CAGCUCCCCACAGCCACCCACGAGGUCAUUGCCGUGCUCGAAACGAUCCACGUCCCCUGGGAUGAGACCACCAUUGACCUCGGUCGGAAUAAGACGUACGAGGCCCUAGUGUACCGCAACACGCACGCGGACAAGGACGAUGUCGUGGGGCGGAUCCGGGAGGCUAGUAUUGUGGUUGGGACCAUCUGCCGGCUGACGGGUGAGGUUCUGAGCCAGGCGCCGUAUUUGAAAUGUGUUAUCACGCAUGCUGUCGGGACUGAUCAUAUUGACCUCGAGUACUGCCGCAAAAACAACAUCCAGGUGAUGCACAGCACGAACUGCAACAGCGAGACUGUUGCUGAGCACGCGAUAGCCCUCUACUUUGCCACCCGCCGAAGCCUCGUCAAGGUCCACAACACCCUAACCUCCUCGACCCCGUCCCACCCCAACGAGUGGAAGGUUAAAGGGUCCAUGAACGCACACAUGCGCGACGCCACCGGCUCCCCGCCUAGGACAUGCACCCAAGAGACGGCGGGAAUCAUUGGCUACGGUGCGGUGGGGAAGCAUAUUGCACGGCUGUGCUCGUCUCUGGGGAUGAGGGUGAUCAUAUCAGACCGAGGGACGGCUUCCACCACUUCUCCUUCUUCUACUCCUUCUGCCUCCUCGACACCAGCAACUUCGUCAUCUACCACCACAACUACAACCGCUAUCACCACAACGACACCCCCCCGCUUGCCCUUCGAACAAGUCCUCAAAACAGCAACCAUCCUCUUCCUCUCCCUCCCCCGAACCCCCUCCACAACAAACCUCAUAUCCCACCCCCAACUCUCCCUCCUCGCCCCGCACACCAUCCUCAUCAACGUCUCCCGCGGCGGCAUCGUCGACGAGCCCGCCGUGCUCCACGCCCUCACCGCCCGCACCAUCUUCGGCUACGGCACCGAUGUGUUCGCCGUGGAACCUGCAGGGAGCGAGGAGGAUAGUGUGCUGUUGGGUGGAGUUGGGGAGAGGUUGAACCUGGUCAUGACGGCGCAUCUGGCUUGGCUGAGCGAGACGACCAUCCAGAACCAGGUGAGGAGUCUUGGGGAGAAUGUGCGGGCUUUUGGGGAGGGG